CCCCCUCUCUCUGCCUACCUCUCCAUCCCUUUCCGCUCUCCCACCCUCCCGGUCUGUCCGCCUCCCUCCCACCCUCGCUCCCUGCCCAGCUCGCUCUGCUGGCGUAUACGGAAGCGUUGGAACCACCGCUGUUUCGGCACGAUCCCUUCAACAUGGCGUGAGGCGCUCCCGACGAGAGAGAGCGAGCGAGAUACGCAGAGAGACGCGGAGACAGCCAAGGGAGGGAGAGAGAGAGACAGGCAGAUCCAUUCCUGUUUGGCACAUCAUCAUCAUCUCUCUCGCUAGCCGCCUCGGUUUUCGGAGCGAACUAUUCCGACAGUGCGCACACACACACAUACCGCACACACACACGCAUACAUCACCACCAUCCGUCAUCGGCAUCAUCAUCAUAAAAGACUCCGACUGAAUUAGACAUCGCACCAUUAAUCCCGUGGCGAGCUAGAGCCGCGCGCUCGCGAGGCGUUCUCCUUCGUUUGAUUGUCAAGUCGGGAACGCUUCCUCCGUCCCUCUUCCACCUCGUGCGACGCUCGCGGCGCGAAGACCCCUCGAGUCAAAGUGACUUUCAGCGCCGUUCCGUCGACGAGGAUGAUGACGGCGGCGGCGGUGGUGGUGGUGGCGAUGGUAGCGUCGGCAAGCAGCGGUCCGAAGUUAACUUGGCGCUCUUCCCUCGCCCCACUCGUGUGGCGUUCACGAGAGGCAGCUUAGGCGAGGUGGUGUUGCAGAGGACCACGUGUCACGUUCACAUCUCUUGAAGGCGUCGAUGAAUAACUGAUUAACCGAAGACACGUGAAAGGCGGGGGGGGGGGGGAGAUAGCAUUAAUUUGAUCGGGAAUCCGUCCUAACUCAUCCCCAUCAUAUGGUAGAUAAGAAGUAAAGAGGACAAUGAGAUAAGGUCUGUGACGCGAGUGGAACUCUCAUCCAGUGUGGGGUGUGGGGCGGUGGUGAGUGGGAGGGCUGCGUUUCACGUGGAUGCCACUUCGGGCGUGACGGACUCAAUCGCGGAAGUCGCUCUUCCUCCCUCCCUCCCCUCCCAAGUUCGCUCGCUCGCUCUUGCCGCUGAACUUCACACGAAAAGUGCAAACGUGGCUCGUGUGGCACGGGCUGGCCAGCCGCGUUUUGUCUUUCCUGCUUCGAGACACGUCGGCACAAUCUUCAAAACAAACCUCCUCCCCCCCCCAUCCUCAACCGGUCUGUCCAGACUCGAGGAGCAUCACUCACUCAGGAGCAGCAGCAACACAACAUUCGCGACUUAAUUCUUUGGAGCGGGAGAGAGGGGAGAGAGAGUUCAGCGAGAGGGGAGUUCAGAGUGAACAGGCAGGGAACGACUUUGAUACAGCACUUGAGACGACACCAUGAGGAGGAGACAGAAGAGAAUCCUGCAGGCCACGGGGCUCUUCGUCUUGGUGGCCGUGUUCGCGCCCAACAUCGGCCUGUGGUCGUUGUUCCGUGAGCGGCAGCUCGAGAAGAUCCCGCACAUGCCAGGACACCUGCAGCCGGGGCCGGUGUUUCCCGUGGACGUGGGGGCGCUGGGACUGGCCAUGGGACCACGUGCUGCCGGCCGCGGAAACCCAGAUGCCGGAGAGCCAGAAGGCUCACUCCUUAAAGACUGGCAUGACCACGAGGCCAUCCGGAAAGACGCGGCCCGCAGAGGUAACGGCGAGCAGGGGAAGCCCUUUGCCCUCACCGACGAGGACCGCUCGGAGGCGGCCUACCGGGAGAACGGCUUCAACAUCUACGUGAGCAACAAGAUCGCUCUGGACAGGGCGCUCGCCGACAUUCGCCACCCCAACUGUAAGCCCAAGCGAUACCUGACGCACCUGCCCAACACCAGCAUCAUCAUCCCCUUCCACAACGAGGGCUGGUCCUCGCUGCUGCGCACCGUGCACUCCGUCAUCAGCCGCUCGCCCUCGGAGCUCAUCGCGGAGAUCAUCCUCGUGGACGACUUCAGCGACAGAGAACACCUGAAGGGGCAGCUGGAGCAGUACAUGUCGCGCUUCCCCGUGGUGCGCAUCGUGCGCACGUCGCGCCGCGAGGGCCUCAUCCGCACGCGCCUCCUGGGGGCGGCCGCGGCGCACGGAGACGUCCUCACGUUCCUCGACUCGCACUGCGAGGCCAACGUCAACUGGCUCCCGCCGCUGCUCGACCGCAUUGCCAAGGACCGGCGCACGGUCGUGUGCCCCAUGAUCGACGUCAUCAACCACGAUCACUUUGGCUACGAGACGCAGGCGGGGGACGCCAUGCGCGGCGCCUUCGACUGGGAGAUGUACUACAAGCGCAUCCCCAUCCCCACGGAGCUGCAGCGGCCAGACCCCAGCGAUCCCUUCGAGUCCCCCGUGAUGGCCGGUGGGCUGUUUGCCAUCGAUCGCCGCUGGUUUUACGAGCUCGGAGCCUACGACCCGGGCCUGGACAUCUGGGGCGGGGAGCAGUACGAAAUCUCCUUCAAGGUUUGGAUGUGCGGCGGGCGUAUGGAAGACGUGCCGUGCUCGCGGGUCGGACACAUCUACCGCAAGUACGUGCCGUACAAAGUGCCUGCGGGGACGAGCCUGGCCAAGAACCUGAAGCGCGUGGCGGAGGUGUGGAUGGACGAAUACGCCGAGUUCGUGUACCAGCGGCGGCCCGAGUACCGCCACCUGUCGGCCGGCGACCUCACCGCCCAGAAGGAGCUGCGGCGCCAUCUCAACUGCCACUCCUUCAAGUGGUUCAUGCAGGAGGUGGCGUGGGACCUGGCCCGCUUCUACCCGCCCGUCGAGCCGCCCGCCGCCGCCUGGGGAGAGAUCAGGAACUCGGCAGCCAACCUGUGCAUCGACGGAAAGCAUGGGGGGACUGGCACGGAGCUACGUCUUGACACGUGUGUGAAGGACGGCUCGGAGCGCACCUGGUCGCACGAGCAGGUGUUCACGUUCGGCUGGAGGGAGGACGUCCGCCCGGGCGACCCGCUGCACACGCGCAAGUUCUGCCUGGACGCGGUGUCGCACUCGGGCCCGGUCACGCUCUACGACUGCCACGGCAUGAAGGGGAACCAGCUGUGGCGAUACCGCCCCGACAAAACCCUCUAUCAUCCGGUCAGCAACAGCUGCGUGGACUUCCACCAGGCGGAGAAGAAGAUCUUCAUGAACACGUGCGACGGAGACUCGCUCACGCAGCGCUGGCUCUUCGAGAACGUCAACGCCACCGUCCUGGCCAAGUUCAACAGCAGCUAGCACCUUCUGCCGCCCGUCCGUUCCCCACCCCCCCCCCCCCCCCCCCCGCCAAGCCUGCAAAAGUCUCGCUCCUUUCCUGACUCGAGAGUGGAGCGCUGACGGAAGAGUGGGAGAGGGUGGGGGGGGGGGGGAGGCAGCCGCACGGACUUCAGCGGCGGGGCGCGCUCUCACCCGUGGAAUUGAGCGCCUUCUCUCCCCAUCCCCUCACCCCCCUCUCAUCCCACCCCUCCCGCCGGCGCACGUCUCUGGGCGCCUGUACGUCCGAACGGGUCGUUCUGACGACCGCACGCUUUUUUGUUCGAACGUGCGAGCACACGUGCAUGCAACAAGCACGCACGCGCACACGCACGCACGCAGGCACGCACGCACACAAAGAACCCUCUGUUUAGCCUUAUAGACGUUUGGGGAAAGUGCUGCGAGUGACCGCUUAUUGUGAGGGAAGUUAAAUAGAGUUCGGGUUGUAACGUAAUUCACGUGUUAACGAUCACAGUGACCCAGGUUUGAUUGCUCGCCAUGAUGCACAACAUGUGUGGCAAUUCUGUAACUGAAUCUGACCGAUGGUGGACUUCCCUAAGGUCAACUCAGCCUAAAAUGUGUACCUGGUGCAGUGUGGUCAACAUUAGUACCGGUUAAGGCAGACGGAUAUACAUGGUGUUGGCCCUACCAGCCACUCGCGCACUUGCACACACGAAGACAUGGGCACACACAAAGACAAAGACACAUUCAUACACGAACAUAUGGACAAGGGCGCUCAGGCACACACACGCGCCAUGCACGCGCGCACACACACACACGCACGCGCGUGCUGGAACACAGCCCACCCCGUUCGAAUGCCGCGCUGCAGAAUUGUAAAAACUAUUUAAAAAAAAAUCUCGUGGAAAAGGACGGACGAGCAAGCUAAACGUCAGGAAGAGUGGCCUCUCUGAGUGGUUAAAGAUCUGGCGAGGCUCAAGACGACCUACGUUGAAGUGCGAAGGAUUUGUAUUCACUACGAGUCCGCUCUUGUGUUGAUGCCUGUGGGGCAGUCCGGGCUGGCACGUCCAAAAGUGUGCGUCGGUGCGUUGCGUGUGCAUGCGUGCGUGUGCAUGCGUGCGUACGUUUUUGGUGGCAUAAAUCAAAAAUUGUGCAGAGUCCUGGCUUGUGUCUGUCACUGCAGGAAACUAGCACAUCAAGCAAAUCGUUUCACUCAGGAACUUCAUUCUCCAUCACACGUUGGCAAUAAAGAAUAGGCUUUACCCUUUCCGGAAAUAAUUACAGGAGGUGUUAAGCUGUUCAAACACCAAAUAGGCACACAACGCAAGGCAUCAGGUCUGCAUUCACCACACAUGCUUGUGGUAAAAUAUGCAAACAAACAUGCUCUAUUUGGUAUUUGAACAUCUGAACAGCUGUAUUAUUCCUGGGGAGGGUAAAGCCUAUUCUUUUUUUUUUCUUCAUAAUUUUGAUACCGGCAAAAAGAAAAUGGUCCCGUAGAUAUUUAUUUGAGAUUUUGCAACGUAAAACAUCUGGCAGUUUUAAAUCUCUUGAUCGGCAGAAACGAUGAACAACCUACAGAAGUGUCGUACAGGGGUGGGUGGGGGGGGGGGUGGGGGUCACGCUGCUAAGAGACGGACGGAACGAGGGGCACGAUUGCGAGACGCACGCCGCAGCUUUUCAAAAGUUGCGUUUGUUUUUCCCGACGGGAAGACGCGGUCCCGCGUGUUAAUCCAACACGAAGGGAAAAUGCCACUCCCAACGGGUUGUCCGUCGCCGCAAUACCGUUGCCAUUCGGCGAUGCGGUGUGGAGAUUCGUUCGCAGCAGAACGUCGGUAGAAAAAUUGGCGCUCAAGUUUGACCGUGAGCAGCCUUCGCUCCGUCAAUUUCCGGGGGUAUUUAGCUUACUUUUUUAAAGUUUAUUUCUUUCUGAAUGCAAAUCGAGACGAAUUAACAAUCAAACGCACGCCGGUUUGUUUGUUUUAUUUGAGUUUCAACCUUGUGGGAUAAAUGAUAGUUUCGCCCAAGUUGUGGCACUUUUUCAUGUUUGGUGCAAUAAUGGUUUAUUGGUAUAGAAUGUUCAAAAUGUAAUGACAUUGCCCCCCCUCUUCCUCUCCACCCCCCUCUCGAUUCACUGCUGAUCUUACUGAACGUACAAUGGCCUGGGUUUAUUAUUGUGGCCCAAAACAAAACAAAAAAUUUCAGUUUUUUCAAGUUAAAGUUGUGAGGAAGGUGAUCUCAAUACUCUGGUAGAGAUGGAGCAAAUCUAACCUUCCCAAUAUUUGCAAAAUGUUCAUGAUUCAGGAUCGCGAUUCAAUUCGGAAUCACACCACACCCCUUUAACCUGCCGACAGAUAUCACUGUCUUCAAACGUAACUUUACAAUUUAGUUUCGUAAUAAUACAAAUGCGUUCAACCAGCAGUUGAUAGCGAAUGUCUGAUGAUGUUUGUGAUGCAGUGUAGCGGUGAGGUUCUCUCGCCUCGUGCACGGUAUUGACGCAGCGCCUUUCCUGUAACAACUCCAUCAAGAAUACUUUUGGUUUUCCUCGCGGUUACAUGUUGAACUCGACGGCUCUAUGGACUCUCUCGUGGACUCACGUGAAUGGGCAGAUGCACAACCUACACCGCUGCUCAAGGGUUUGUGUGUUCUUUGUUUUCUGCGGUUGGGCUUCACGGUACUUCGACGUGUUCCCGGGAGCCGGAAAGCUCUUGGCACGGGGAGCGAACCGUCGAACAUCACGCCGAACGACAACCCGGAACGCACAUCGGGCAGCAGAAACGACUUGGGAAAACACCGACUUCACUCUGACGAAUCGCCACAUGCCUACAAUCCUGUGAUAAAAAAAAACAUGACUUACAGUGUAGCUGCAAAAUAAAUAAAAAGUUUUCUAUUGUACGCUUGUACAUAUGAAUACUGUAUAUACAUACACGUGUGUACAUACGAUAAUGCCAGAUUUCCUAAAUCGUUUGAUUUUGUAAUGUCACCCAGUGUUUGGUUUUUAUUGGGGGGUUGUUUUUUUUCUAUUCGCCCACUUGUGUACAGUGUCCGCUCGCGAAACUUUCAUCAUUGCUUCUCAAAUAGGGCUGCCGCAAUAGGGGGACGCGACGAUAUAUCGUGCGACCCACGAUAUAUCGUGCGACCCACGAUAUAUCGUGCGAACCACGAUAUAUCGUGCGACCCACGAUAUAUCGUGCGAACCACGAUAUAUCGUAGCUAUACCCAUUUGCAAAAAAACCAUCGUCACGUGACGAUAACUGUGUCGCAUUAUUCACGUACCUUUUUUUCCUAUUUCCUCUACAGAUUUUUUUCUCAAAGAACGAUAGUUUAAAAAGUUUACGGUCGUAGUUAAAGUAAAAACAAAGCUAUUACUCAUGAAACAAUUUGAAUGGAGUAGUCGGCAGGAUGGCGAUUAUAAGACGUCAUCAUUUUCUGACGAGCUUUGAGCACUGUCCAUUGUAAAGGCGCAGUGAUUAGACGUGUUGAGAUAACUGCAGUGGGAUAUCCUUUCAGCACUCGUCUUGCACUUUAAAGUACAUCAAAGCACAACAACCGUAUGACGAGAAUGUGAAACGCAAAUUACGAGGCUACGAAGAAACUGAUAUUGCGCUAAUAGACGUAUCUUGAAAUGGGAAUAGCCUAUCGGAUAUCACGAAAAAAUCAUAUCGCGGCAGUCCUCGCCUCAAUAAGCGCGCGGGCACGGAACUUGCUUGCUAAGUGAUCACUGCGGUGGUGAAUUCCAGCUUACUUGCAGCCUCUUGAACACGCUUGCGCGAAAUGUUUAUGGAGCCUCUCCUGCACUUUCCAGCCGUGGCGCUCCCCACUUCAAAGCACCGAAUAAAAUUGCCCCGACACAAAUUGGCGGGUCUGCAUUGCAGCGGCAAAUCACUGCAGGGCCAUGAUUUCGGGUGUCUGGGAAAAAUAGGUAAAUGGUUAAAAAUCGCUUUUUUGUGUCUUUUUCUCCAACCUUUUAUCAUAGUCACGACAUGAAGAACCUAUUCAGAACUGUCGCAGAACAGAGCGCCUCCCCGUUAUAGAAUGGGUCCGCAGAAGAAAAUAUCAGAGAACUGCUUCUGAAAUGUCUUCAAGUGACCUCUAAUCCUCACUAGGGAGCAGCACUGUCCCACCUCGCUCUGCAAUAGAGAGGAAUUGCCCGUGACAUGACAAGACAAACUGAAAGUUUGCAUUUCUCGACUGGAAUUUAGCCGAAUUAUCUGCAGGACCAAAUUCAAUGUUACGGGGUUUUUUUUUGUGUGUGCAGUCAUUCGUGGACCGGGACACACUGGAUUCGUACCAAGGGUCAAUGUGGUGCCGGGUCAGCACUCUGAUAUUUGAGGCACCCGGCCACAGCAGGAUUCUGCUGAAACGGUGAAAACCUUUUUGCUGGAAUGAAUAAGCACCAAUGAUUAAUUCAUUCAUGCUGUCUUCGCUUGUGUGCCUGGUGGUGUGCGCGUGCAUCUAUUGCACAUCUGGCAUCACACCUGGGCUCGCUUUGGGGAAGGGGGGGAGGGAAAAGUCUUGCCAAGGGAGUUGCUUUUUUUACGCAUCUUUAGCAAUUGCUUUUCAGGUGUCAAACCCCCCCCUCCUCCUCCCCACACACACACAUAUUUGAGAUGCCGAAUGGAACCUCGGAUGUAGCGCUUGUUAUUAGAGUGUUCUUACGAGGGAUUCUUAUUUAUGUCUCUGCUACAGGACUAUAGAGGCGGCAAUAACCAAUAGGCGACAGUUUAAAGCCGCCGUCACCCACUUGUGGCUGCUUACGUUCGACAUGAAACAACGAGUGUCGGCCCGAACCUAUUUUUGUCCUCGUUUUUGCUGUUAAUUUACCUUCGUUAGUGCGCUCGCUUCAGCUCCGCUGCCAAUUGCUAUUUGGCUUCGCAUAAAUUCUCAGAAACGGCUCCGAGCACCGACUGAAUUGUAAGCUCAGGCUGCCUGCCGCCACCAAUACCAAACAACACCGCGCAACUGGAAACCCACCGCAAGUGGAAAAUUCUGUGUUUGGCGACGGUUCCCCGUUAGCAUUUAGAAGCAGCCUUAACUACGGUGGGAAGGCGAGUGCCCGAAAAAAAACAUCUAUUUCCUGUUGACUUUUUUUAUAAAUAUAAAGAGAGAGAAGUGGUUGCAAUCGGCAACCUGAGCCGGAGCUGCGGGAAGUGUUGCCGUGACGGCGUGGCGUCGUGCCUGGUGUGCGUUGGACGGUUAUUACUUCAAUGAAUCUAAAAUAAUGUCCCGUGGGGCUGGCCGUGUGUGUCGAUUGGCAGCAACAGCAACCAUUGUACAUCCGACGAUGUUGUGUUCUGUCCUCCACUGGGUUUUUUUUUCAUAAACAAAACACCUUAACGUUUCAAACAUGAUUUUAGAUCGAUCAAAAAGGGGUAACAUUCUCAUGUUUUAUAAGUGGGUGUAAUUUAAUUUUAGUUUACAUGUAAGGUUCAUAUUGUGGCUCCUUUCUUGGUAUUUCACAAAACACUUGAUUUUUUUAUUUUAUCGGUAGGGAUGGGUGCAGAAUUGAUGAACUUGAUUUUAAUAAAGGUUCAGAGAUUUUUUUUUAUUUCCAACAAAA